GCUUAUUGUUGUUGUUGUUGUUAUUAGCUGUUGUUGUUAUUAUUAUUAUUAUUAUUAUUUGGAAUAAUGGUCUAGAUGUAGAAUCUGUGGGUUUAUUAAAAAGACUAAUCCCAGUUGGUUAUUUUCUUAAAUUUUGAUCAGUAGCUUAGCAAAGGCAUUGGGAAAAAGAGUUCUUUUGCGAGAAGAAAUGUCAAUUCAAUGACAAAUAUUCCUUUUGUUUUGAAAAUUUUUAGUUUUUGUAUGUUGUUGAUCCAUUUUAUUUAAUUUUUUAUAUAUAAUGUGUGGUCCUCUUUUGUGUUAUCUUUAAGUUUCUUUAAUUUUGCUUUGUAGAAUAUGCUACAUGGCUUUUGACUUCACUGAGUUUGAUGUAAUUGUAUUGUUGUUUAUUUGUUUGGUUGCAUCGCGAGGAUUUUUGGGUGUGAAUUUUCCAAUUUCAUCAAUCUUUGUGAUUGCAAAUAUUGAUACAAACAGCAAUUAUACAGUUAUUUUCAGUUUUUAUGUAAAUAUCAGCUAAACAAGAAAAAAAAAAGCUAAAUCUUUGAGGAAUAAUGUGUGCUUGAUGCGUUCAACAAUUUCAAUAUAGCUGUUGGAAGUAUUAAUCUGAAAUUGCAGUUUUAUUUUUCACCGGGUUUAUUUUUCUUUUUCUUUGGGAGAUGGAGAUUGCAUUUGCCAAUCUUUACAGGGUCUUGCUAGCUACUUUGCCUACUGUAUAUGGUACCUAUAAUAUUUUUCUUAAGACUAAAUAUUUAACUCUGAAUGAAAGCUGUAUUGAUGUUACUGGAAAUCUGUACGAGUAAUGAUUGCUACCCAUGGGGAUACUGGAGCUCAUCAUGUGUUAAAAAGGUUGAUGUACAGCUGUUUUGUGCCAGAUUGGUUAAUAUCAGAUAAUAGUAUUAAUGAACUGAUUGCCAAUGCUGCUUACAUUGGCACCCCUGGAAAGGGAAUCCUUGCAGCAGAUGAAUCAACUGGCACAAUAGGCAAGCGUCUAGCUAGCAUCAAUGUUGAGAAUGUUGAGUCCAAUAGGCGAGCUUUUCGUGAGCUCCUCUUCUGUGCUCCAGGAGUCCUUCAAUUCCUCAGUGGUGUAAUCCUUUUUGAGGAAACACUUUACCAGAAAAGGGCUGAUGGUAAGCCCUUCGUUGACAUUCUCAAGGAAGGUGGGGUUCUUCCAGGAAUCAAAGUUGACAAGGGCAUUGUUGAGCUUGCUGGAACUAACAGUGAAACCUCAACUCUUGGUCUUGAUGGCCUAGCUGAGCGCUGUCAGAAGUAUUAUGAAGCUGGGGCUCGAUUUGCUAAAUGGAGAGCUGUGCUAAAAAUUGGUCCAACUGAACCAUCUCAGCUUGCUAUCAAUGAGAAUGCCAAUGGCUUGGCACGUUAUGCUAUUAUCUGUCAGGAGAAUGGAUUGGUACCUAUUGUUGAGCCGGAGAUUUUGGUGGAUGGAUCCCAUGAUAUUAAUCGCUGUGCUGAUGUGACUGAGCGGGUUCUUGCAGCUUGCUAUAAAGCACUAAAUGAUCAUCAUGUGCUUCUUGAGGGAACUCUUUUGAAGCCAAACAUGGUUACCCCUGGCUCAGAUAGCCCAAAGGUUAAACCUGAGGUGGUGGCUGAGUAUACAGUCAGGGCUUUGCAGCGAACAGUUCCUCCUGCUGUUCCUGCUAUUGUGUUCCUUUCUGGUGGACAGAGUGAGGAGGAAGCCACUAUCAAUUUGAAUGCAAUGAACAAACUCAAGGGCAAAAAACCCUGGUCUCUUACAUUCUCUUUUGGCCGUGCUCUUCAGCAGAGUACUCUCAAGGCAUGGGCAGGAAAAGAGGAAAAUGUAAAGAAAGCACAGGCUGCUUUCCACGUAAGAUGCAAAGCUAAUUCAGAAGCUACUUUAGGUGCCUACAAGGGUGAUGCUACCAUGGGAGAGGGUGCUGCAGAGAGUCUUCAUGUGAAGGAUUACAAGUAUUAAGCACUAAAUCCUUUCCAGUUCUAUUCUAAUCUGUAAGGAGGGAUAUAUAAAGAGAUGGUUUGGGAUUUUUUUCCUUGAUAAUAGAUUUACUUUUACCACUCAAGAAUAGUGGUUCUCUAUUUUUCUUCAAUUUUGAAUAUGUUCCUAUUGAUUUCAAUACAAUCUUCAAAUGAUAUUCAUUUGUUUCA